AUGGCGCCCCGCGCUCGGAGCGACCCAAGGAGCCCGACGGUGUGGGCAUGGGUCUCCGCCGAGAUGGAGAGGAAGAGUGCCAGCCCACCGUCGGGGUCGACGAGGCGGGAUCUACCUCAGCGGUGCGGCGCCGAGAGCACGGCCGCGAAGAUUUACGGUUCGCCCGUGCUCGCGGACGAGGAUGCGGCGGUCUUCGCCAGCGAGUGCCGCAAGUACCCCUCCGAUCGCUCCACCCGCGGCGUCGGCGUCUUCGAGGCCGCGCACCCGACCUCGCUACGCUGCAGACGUUUUCGGCGCGGAUCCGGAGAAGCCCAACUCACCGUCGAGGAUCACGCCGCCUGCUACCGCGCCUUCUCGCGCGACGGCGGAGGCGAACAAGCGGGCGGUCUGCUACGGGCACCAGCGCUGCCGGCGUUGGCCCGCUAUUUUAAACACUGGUUCGGCGCGACCCGAGCGACCGGUGGCGGCGGGAACAGCACUGCAGGAGGCCGCGGCGUCGGCGUCUUCGCGGCCCCGCACCCGACCUCGCUCGUCGACGCUGCAGACGUCUUCGGCGCGGAUCCGGAGAAGCCCAACUCACCGUCGAGGAUCACGCCGCCUGCUACCGCGCCUUCUCGCGCGACGGCGGAGGCGAACGUGCCGGCGGCAAGCGGGCGGUCUGCUACGGGCACCAGCGCUGCCGGCAUUGGGCCCGCCGCGUUCGGCGUGACCCGAGCGACCGGUGCCGGGAACAACACUGCAGGAGGCCGCGGCGUCGGCGUCUUCAAGGCCUCGCACCCGACCUCGCUCGUCGACGCUGCAGACGUCUUCAGAGUGGAUCCGGAGAAGCCCAACUCACCGUCAAGGAUCACGCCGCUUGCUACCGCGCCUUCUCGCGCGACGGCGGAGGCGAACGCGCCGGCGGCAAGCGGGCGGUCUGCUAUGGGCACCAGCGCUACCGGCGUUAGGCCCGCCGCGUUCAGCGCGUCCCGCGCGACCGCUGCAGCAGGAUGCGGCCUUGGAGGCGCCGCACCAGGUACUGGGACGCACACGCACCACGGCGGGCCUAGUCGCAGUGGGGUGCCUGGGCGUGGUGGUGGUGAGCACGGCCACGGUGGUGGUGGUGUGCAGGGCGGCCAGGGCCACAAUGGCGGCGGCGGCGCUAGAGGCAACGGGUACGAAUACAGGUUUCAAUUUGUAACCACGGGCGCGGGCAUGAAUUGGAACCCAUUGGACAUCUGCUUGUGGGCAUAA